UGGGACGGCGGCGCGCACGGCUACUCCGCUCUCCGCUCUCUCCUUCCCGAUCGCGGGUCUGGGCCCCGGCUGCCAGCAUGGAUGCUCGCCGCGUGCCGCAAAAGGAUCGCAGAGUAAAGAAGAACUUCAAGAAAUUCAGCUAUGUGAAGUUGAUUUCCAUGGAAACCUCGUCAUCCUCUGAUGACAGUUGUGACAGCUUUGCUUCUGAUAAUUUUGCAAACACGAAACCUAAAUUCAGGUCAGAUAUCAGUGAAGAACUGGCAAAUGUUUUUUAUGAGGACUCUGAUAAUGAAUCUUUCUGCGGCUUUUCAGAAAGUGAGGUGCAAGAUGUGUUAGACCAUUGUGGAUUUUUGCAGAAACCAAGGCCAGAUGUCACUAACGAACUGGCCAGUAUUUUUCACGCCGACUCUGACGAUGAAUCAUUUUGCGGUUUCUCAGAAAGUGAGAUACAAGAUGGAAUGAGAUUACAGUCAGACCAUGCAGGCUGUAGGACCCGCAGUCAAAGCAGACGUUCUGCACCUCUCCGGGUGGCCAUGAAGUUUCCAACUCGAAACACCAGGGGAGCAGCCAGCAAAAGAGCAGCAGCCCCUGAACCCUCGGAGAAAUCUGUGACUGAUUCCAAUCCUGAUUCAGAAGAUGAAAAUGGCAUGAAUUUUUUAGAGAAAAGGGCUUUAAAUAUAAAGCAAAACAAAGCAAUGCUCGCAAAACUAAUGUCGGAAUUAGAAAGUUUCCCUGGCUCAUUCCCUGGACGACAUUGCCUCCCAGGCCCCAGAUCGCAAUCAAAGACACCCCGAAGGCGUACAUUCCCAGGUGCCACUUCUAGGAGGAACCCCGAUCGGAGAGCGCGGCCUCUCACCAGGUCAAGGUCCCGGGUCCUUGGGUCCCUUAGCGAGCUACCCACGGAGGAGGAGGAGGAGGAGGAGGAAGAUAAGUACAUGUUGGUGAGAAAGAGGAAGACCAUGGACGGCUACAUGAACGAAGGUGACAUGCCCAGAAGCCGUCGCCCUGGGUCCAUGACCCUGCCCCAUGUAAUUCGCCCAGUGGAAGACAUCACAGAGGAGGAGUUGGAGAAUAUCUGCCACAACUCUCGAGAGAAGAUAUAUAGCCGUUCACUGGGAUCUACUUGUCAUCAGUGCCGCCAGAAAACCAUUGAUACCAAAACAAACUGCAGAAACCCAGAGUGCUGGGGUGUUCGAGGCCAGUUCUGCGGUCCCUGCCUUCGAAACCGUUACGGUGAAGAGGUCAAGGAUGCUCUGCUGGAUCCAAACUGGCAUUGCCCCCCUUGUCGAAGAAUCUGCAAUUGCAGUUUCUGUCGUCAGCGAGAUGGGCGGUGUGCGACCGGGGUCCUUGUGUACUUAGCCAAAUACCAUGGCUUUGGGAAUGUGCACGCCUACUUGAAAAGUCUGAAGCAGGAGUUUGAGAUGCAAGCAUAGCGCCUGGAAGACCCUGCCUUCCCCGCACCCGGCAGUCUCCUUAGACGAGUUUCCGAGCAUCCCAGAGGCCUGCCGCUGCUCUGCUCUGCCCUCUUGCCACUUCUUUGCUUCCCCUGCCCCUCACCCUGCACCGUCCCUCUCUAUUUACAGUGGGUCUUUCUCACCAUCUAGCUUCUGAAUUCUUUUAAAAUGACAGUUUUAUGAAAGCCUGUUUGAUUUCAUUGGUGUUGAAACAGCCCUGGAAUCCACCUCUGUAAAAUCAAGCACUUGGGAAUACAGUAGUGGUGUUAACUACAUCAACUGAGACCAGCCCUCUAACUUGUUUACAUAAAAACAAUGGGUAUGAUUGUCACACUAGUUGACAUUUUUAACCGAAUCAAGGCACACAAAUCUUAAAGUUGUUGGAAAGGGGUGUGUUACUUUGGAAGCCUCUGAUGAGAAUAUUCCAUGUAUUUUGCUUAAUGCUGACAUAUAGUUGCUGGUUUUUUUCACCAUGAGUCUGGGUGGCACAUCGUGCUCCCACCAUCAGGAUGCAAAGGACUGGGCGGUGCUGUAUCUGCAGUCGCUAUAGAAAUGACCUCCUGGGGAACUAGGAUGGGAGGCUUUGGAAACAGGCUGGUUUGAAUUCCUGGUCUAAACUUUCAAUAUAAUGGUAGUUUGCCAAGUUUAUGUCAGUUCAUAAAUGUAAGGUGUUUCAAAUUUUUGAUCAUUUUGCAUGGAGAAUUGAUACUAUUAGCCUAGAAUUUGCAGUUUUUGUUUUCUUGAAAUGAGCUAGGCACACAGUUUGUGGUCAGGUUUUAAGCACUUUUAGAACAAUGAGAAGUGCCUUUUUGGAGAUGGAUGACUUUCCAUUUUGUUGACUUAACAUCUCUGCCAGUUUAGUUUCUGGGCAGAUUUCAUGUUUCGUCUCCCCGUCCCCCAAAUUCUUUUGCAUUAAUCAGCCAUUUGGUAGAGUUGGGAUUGAGUGUGUCUCUGCUUCACUUGGCACGUGUGGCCUGCUGCUGUGCCCACUCGGGGUUUGAUGCAGAAGUGGACCUGACUCAAUAAAUGUAAAUAGAGCUUUUGAUCUGUA